UUGUCUCAUUAUAAUACUUUGAUGUAUCUGAAGUUGGCAACCUUGUUAUCUUCUGCAGUUUCAUUCCAAUUGUACGAUCUCAAACAGCAAGGCUUCAUUGAGAGCAGGAGAUAUUCCAUUUUCCAGGAGGAGACGGAAACCCUAGACUAGACAUCUUCGAUAGAAUUAGCAAGAGAAGAGAGACUGCUGCUAAUCCACAGCCGUUGACAAUCAACCAACAAUGGCGGAGCGAAAAGAUCAGAUCGUGGCAUCAGAGGAACCUCCUUCACCCAAAAGGCAAAACUCGGAGUUCGGUGGAGCUGAUGAUCAUCUUGACGAGCAGCAGCAGCAGCAGCAGGGUGCGAUAGAGCCUGUGGAAGAGCAGCUAACUGAUGUCGAAACUUCUGAUGACGAGGAGGAGGCUGCCAGGAAUAACCUGCCGGUCACAUAUCGAUUCCUUCGCCCCGACAGCAAAUUUCAUGAGAAACUGGCCGCCAUUAUAGCUCGAGGAUCAUCAUAUACUAUGUCAGACGCUGAAGAUCAAGAAAUCAGGAAGGAGGAAACUGCCUCAAUUGCCCGACUUGCUGUGAAGUUUUACAACGGGAAACAUGGUGUGAAUUAUGUGCUUCAUGAGGCGCUUCUCAGCCGCUCUGUUCUUUUCCACCUUGCAAUGGCCUGCCACGCCACCUUCACUGCCAGGCAGGAAAACAGCACUUCUACUCACGAGUUUUUUGUGGAGACGCUUCAAUACUAUGGUGAUGUGGGUAUUCGGAUCCUUGAUUGCAUAGACUUGGCUCAAUUUGGACCCGAUCGUGUUCGUAAAGGUUGUGUCUAUUGUCAUGAAGACAUCGUCCAUCCUCCUGUGGAACGUUGCCAGUAUGGUACGGAUGAGUCCGCUGAUCAUAAGAAGUUCUAUAAAAUCAAGUAACAACCAAUCCACCUACUAUUCUUCUCCCAGCGGAGAAUAUGAUAUUUGUGUAAUGAUAAUAUAAUUUAUGAUUUAUAGGAAUAUUAUAUUCGUUCGGCAAGAAAAAAAUAUUUUUAUAAUGAUUAGUAGUAUGAA